UGUUUAUCUUUUAUGUCUUUGCUUUUUAUCCGCCAUGAUAGUCAAUUCGAUCUCUCGUUUCACUCUCGCGACUGCGAGUGUUUCUAUCCCUAUCAGUUAAUUGCUGAAAGUUGGAGGGAAAUUUAUUUCUUAAAAUUUCAUUUUCCUUCUCCACUUCCAGUUCCAGUUGAGAGUUGAGCAGACGACGUUAGCUUCGUCAUUUCUGUCAAGUUAAGUUACCUACUCGUCGUUAUUCGUGUUGUUGACUGAUUGUUACCCUGUUUAUACUUUCAAGUUCGAUCGACUUACAGUAUUGGUAUUGUAUUAUCUUUAGCAGGUUUUAUUUACGUUGUCGGUUAGAAUAUUAGUAGACAGUUGUCUUCAUUUUUAAGAUUCAAUGUCAUUUGAGGAGUUCGAAGAGUUUGAUUCAGAUAAAAUGGAUGCUUGUUUCACUGCAUUUGAUAAAGAUGGCGAUGGAUAUCUUAACCUUCAAGAGUUUGAGUGCAUUUGCCGAGCCAUCUUCCGAAAUGACAAAGGAAAGAUUUACAGUCUGGAACCAGAUCAGCUUAAAGAAGUGUUUGACAUUUUUGAUCAAAAUAAGGAUGGGCUUUUGGACAGAGAAGAGUUUGUGUUCUGUUGGAACAACUGGAUCAAAACUAUCGUGCGGCCAGUGAGUGCAUUCUUGAUUGUGGAUGUACAGAAUGAUUUCAUCUCUGGAACACUGAAUAUCAGUAACUGUUCGGCCCAACAGAAUGGCUUAGAGGUAGUGGAGCCUAUCAACCGCCUACUGGAGACAGUCAAUUUUGACGCAGUUUUCUACUCGUUGGAUUGGCACCCGAGCGAUCAUGUGUCCUUUAUAGACAAUCUGCCUCAGCGGCCUGUACAUUCGUCUAGCACUAUCAAAGCUGAGAACGCCAAGGUAUAUGACACAGUGACGUUUGAAGGUCCUCCAUUGAUGAAACAGCGACUCUGGCCGAGACAUUGCGUCCAGGAUUCCUGGGGAGCGGAACUGCACAAGGAUCUUAAAAUUGUUGAGAAUGCUAUCAAAAUUUACAAGGGAACUAACUCCGAAGUUGACUCUUACUCAGUUUUUUGGGACAACAAGAAGUUGACGAAGACAACACUCGUAAGUCAGCUGGAGGAGAAAGGAGUCACAGAUAUUUACGUGUGCGGACUUGCUUACGAUGUUUGUGUUGGUGCUACAGCAGCAGACGCACUUUCUAUCGGUUAUCGCACGAUUCUGCUGGACGAUUGUUGUCGUGGGGUUGACGUAGAAGACAUUGAAAAGACAAAGAAAACUGUCUUCUCCAAUCACGGAGUCAUCGUCAACUCUAACCAGGUGAAGCCUAUGGUGGAGGGCCGAGAUCGUCGACCUGAACUCGGUUACAAACUCGCCGUUGAACUCAAAAAGAAGCUUGAAGCUUUAGACCAAGAUAUUCCAGAAGAGAUCUAAAACCAAGUACGAUUCAUUUUAACUAAGCUUAUCAAGCUUGCUUCCACCAAAUGUACUUAAUUGUUAACUGUUGCCUAAAUUAGGGGAUUUAAGAUUAUUGAGGUUAGUUACUAUAGUAUUUUUUAACUUAGGUAUAUUAAGUUUAUGUAUUUUGAUUUUUUAACAGUACUUAGUUGAUUUAUAUAGAAACUAUAUUUGCAUUUAAUUAAGUUUGAUUUACACAUACUUAGUUAUAAUUGUUCAAAACCAAAUCUAUUUUAUAUUUUUAUUUUUACAAAACUUUUCUUGUUAAUAUCUUGUUGAGUCAUUUGUAUGGUACUAUAAACUCUGUUAUCACCACUUUGGUGAAUUUUGGAAUAGCAACCAAUUCGGAUUAUAUAUAUGAUUUAAUAUUUAGUAUCAUAGAUGUUUUAGCCAAUUCUUAAACUACGUAAAGAGUGUGUACAAUUUUGGCCUUUCUAGUGAAGGUUAAAAACUCUUACACUUACGCAGAUCCAGUGAAUAGUUCAACCAAUAAAACCAUUUUGAAGGAAGUCCAGUAAAUGUUUUACGACAGUUUGUCAAAGAUAUACGUUAAAUGGAAUCUUGGUGAUUACGAAUAAUCACAUUCAUAAUUUAUCAAUAUUAGCUAGUAUUAUAGAAUCAAAUUUACGUUUAUUUUUAUGCUACUUUCAUUAAUUACUUCUUAUUUAAACUUGUUUACAUUCUUAUAAUCACUAAUCAGUAUAAAUUAAGAAAUUGUAUACUAUACUUUCGUUCCUAAUUAAACAGUAUUAAAUACAUUUUGGAAUGUUUCCAAAACA